AGUUUCUGCUCUUUCCUUCUCUGCCUUUUUUCUACAGGACCUGAGAGAAGCCGACAGACCUCCUGGACAAGGCGCCUGGAAUGGGUACCUGGAACUCUAAAUCCUCCAAGGUCAAACAGGCCCGAGUUCUGCUCUUGGGACUGGAUUUCUCAGGGAAGUCAACGAUCCUGUACAAAUUAAAGCGCAUCAAGGACUUCACAACCAUCCCAACCAUCGGCUUCAAUGUGGAGAUGAUAGAGACGGAGAAAGAUAUCAACCUCACGGUCUGGGACGUUGGAGGGCAGUUCCAGAUGAGGAGUCUGUGGGACCAUUACUGUGAGAAUACAGAUGUGCUGGUCUAUGUGGUGGACAGCACCGACCAGCAGCAGUUGGAGGCCUCCCGCAGGGAAUUUGAGCUCAUCCUGAAGAACGAGCACGUCAGGAAUGUGCCCGUGGUGCUGCUGGCCAACAAGCAAGACCUGCCCGGGGCUUUCACGGCGGAAGAUAUCACCAGGAAAUUCAAGAUGAAGAAAAAUUGUGGGGACCGGGACUGGUACGUCCAGCCUUGCUGUGCCAUCUCGGGAGAUGGCCUGGCUGAUGGCUUCAAGAAAGUGACCGAGUUCAUCAAAAGAUACAGGAACUCUGCAGAAGCAACUUGGGCCUUCUUCAGGCAGAAUUAAAGCAGCAAAGGGCACUCCAGGUGUGGACCUUUACCUAAACUGCCAAACUUAGUGUUUGCAUGAGUUCUCCUGUACUUGUCCUCUCCCCCCCCUCCUCUUUUUUAUGAGAGGUAAUUGGAAUUAAGUGACUUACUCAGUCACGCAGCUAGCUAGUGUUAAGUAUAUGAGGCUGGAUUUGACUCAAGUCCUCCGACUCCAGGGCCAAUACUCUAUUUACUCUGCCAACUAGCUGUCCGUACUUCUUUUUUUAAAAAUAUAUUGUUACAAGAGAUGGCUUGCUGGGGAGGAGAAUGGAAAUGGAAAUAAAUAAGUUAUUUAAAAAUUUUAAUUUUAAAUUAAAAUUUAAAAAAUUUAAUUAAAAAAAUAAAAAUAUUUUUAAAAUUUUUAAAAAAUUGUUCAAGGGUAGAAUGUCAAACAAAGAAUUAGCCUUUGUGACCCAGGAAUUUAAACUGGAAAAAAAUUACUUUCAAAAGUCAUUCAUUCUGUAAGCAUUUAUUAAGCACCUAGUAUGUGCCAAGAACUAUUCUAAGUACUAGGGACACAGAAACCAAACAGAUUGCCCUCAAGGGGUUAACAUUCUAGGACAGAUAAGUCAGUGCAAAAUAUAUACAAACUAGUUGGUGCUGGGGGGACGGACGUGGAGUAGUCGCAGGUGGCUGGAAGUGGGUAAAGGAGAGCUCUUGUAAGAAAUGAAGCUUUAGACAU